UCUACUUACAUCAUCAUGUUCAACGACUUACUGCAACACAUGGAACCAUUUUUCCACCAUGUCCUCGUCUGUGCGAAAUGCCUUCCUGAAGGAAUCCUUCCCUUCUGAUUUCCAGUGGGCCACCUCCACGGAGUCCUUCAAGGUUGAAGGAGGCUGGGUAGCAGAUGGGAAGGGAGAAACCAUUUGGGACCGUUUUGGUCAUGAAGAUCAAGCCUUUCAAAAUCAGACCGCUGACGUCGCAUGUGACAGUUAACAAAUAGAUUACGAUGUCUACCUCCUGCGAGGUCUUCAAGUCAACACCUACCAGUUCUCCAUCUCCUGGGCCCGUAUUUUCCCCUCAGGCCACCGAGGCCGCCUAUCAGAAAAAGGGGCUCUCUAUUAUGACAAGCUGAUCAAUGCUCUCAUUGAAUCUGGCAUACAACCUGUUGUCACUCUCUAUCACUGGGAUCUGCCUCAGGCACUCCAAGAUGCUGGUGGAUGGACCAAUCCGUCCAUUAUUGAAGCUUUCAAGGACUAUGCAGACUUCUGUUUCUCCAGGUUUGGAGACAGGGUCAAGACCUGGAACACAUUCAAUAGUCCCUGGGUGGUGAGCCAUGCUGGGUAUGGUACUGGUGAGCAUGCCCCUGGAAUAAAUGACUAUGUGGUUUCUUCCUAUCAGGUCACCCACAAUAUGCUCAAGUCCCAUGCUGAAGCCUGGCAUGUCUACAAUGACAAUUACAGGAGGACACAAGGAGGGAAAGUGGGUAUUGCACUCAACUCUGACUGGGCUGAACCCAGAGACUCUACUCUACCUGCAGACGUAGCAGCUGCAGAUCGCUACCUGCAGUUCAUGCUGGGUUGGUUUGCACACCCUAUAUUUGUAGAUGGAGAUUAUCCUGCACAACUCAAAACUCAGAUUGAACUGAAAGGAAAUAAGUGUCCCGGCUCUGAGCCUGCAAGACUUCCAGUUUUUACUCCCUCAGAGAGCCAGAGGAUACUUGGAACUGCUGACUUUUUUGGACUGAACCACUACACGUCCCGGUUGGUCAGUGACAGUGAUGGUGGCUGCACUCCUGGUCCUCAGGGAGUGGGUGACUUCCAGGAAAGCACAGACCCUUCAUGGUCUUCCACAGCUUCUGACUGGAUCGUUUCCAAUCCUUCGGGACUGAGAAUGCUUCUAAACUAUAUUUCCAAAGAGUACUUGAAUGUUGUCAAAGUGCCCAUCUACAUAACUGGGAAUGGGAUGCCAACAGAGUACAGUGGGGACACUUUCAAUGACAACAGCAGAAUCGAGUACAUGAGGGGAUACAUCAAUGAGGCCUUGAAAGCAAUACUCACUGAUGGAGUGAAUGUGCAGCGAUUCACAGUGCAGUCACUCAUGGAUGGAUUUGAGGGAAAACAAGGCUACAGUGAAAGAUUUGGUCUUCAUUAUGUCGACUUUGAAAGUCCAGACAGGCCGAGAACCCCAAAGCAGUCUGCGUAUUUCUAUUCACAAGUUAUCGAGCAAAACGGUUUUGCUUUGAAGAAAGCUGACAUGUACCACUAUGGCACAUUCCCACAAGACUUCGGUUGGGGAGUUUCGUCUUCAGCUUACCAGAUUGAAGGAGGCUGGAAUGCUGAUGGAAAGGGGCCCAGUAACUGGGAUGUGUACACUCACAAACCUGGCUCUACUGUUGCUGAUGCAAAUGGAGAUGUAGCCUGUGACAGUUACAACAGACUUGAUGAAGACCUCUACAUGCUUAGAGCUCUGAGAGUGAAGUCAUACAGAUUCUCUUUGUCCUGGUCCAGGAUCUUUCCUGAUGGUACUCGUUCCUCUCUGAACCAGAAAGGUGUUGACUAUUACAACAGACUCAUUAACGGCCUGUUAGCAAAUAAAAUCACUCCCAUGGUGACAAUUUAUCAUUGGGACCACCCUCAAACUUUGCAAGACCUUGGUGGCUGGGAGAAUGCAGGCAUGAUUGACAGUUUCAAUGACUUUUGUGACUUCUGCUUUGCCACCUUUGGUGACAGAGUGAAACUGUGGAUGACCAUCAACCAGCCUCACUCAAUUGCAUGGCUAGGAUAUGGUCUUGGAACGCUCCCACCAAAGAUUAAGAAUCCAGGAAUUACACCAUACAUAGUUGCACACAACUUGAUCAAAGCUCAUGCCAAGGCUUACCAUACAUAUGAUGACAAGUAUCGUGCAUCCCAAGGAGGUCUAGUAUCCAUUGCCCUCAAUGCAGACUGGAUUGAACCAGAAGAUGCCAAUGUUCUUCGUGAUGUGGAAUCUGCUGACCGUGCACUGCAAUUCCAACUGGGUUGGUUUGCACAUCCCAUUUUCAAGAAUGGUGACUAUCCUGAUGCAAUGAAGUGGAAAGUUGGAAACAAAAGUGAACUCGUAGCUCUUUCAGAGUCAAGACUACCAUCCUUCACUGAAGAGGAAAAGAACUACAUCAAGGGAACUGCUGACAUGUUCUGUAUAAAUCAUUACACUACAAAGGUAGUAAAAUUUGCUACAGGUCAGCUUUCCCCUCCAUCGUAUGAUCAAGACAGGGACGUGUUAGAAACAGAGGAACCUGAUUCACCAACUACGGCCUACGCAGGACAACGAGCUGUGGCAUGGGGCUUGAGAAGACUCCUCAACUGGAUCAAGGAGGAGUAUGGAGAUCCACAGAUUUAUGUUACCGAGAAUGGCAUGCCUUCACCAUAUCCUGUCACAUUUGAUGACAUAGAGAGAGUAUUUUACUACAAAACCUAUGCCGAUGAGGUUUUAAAGGCUCAAAAUCUUGACGGUGUAAACGUGAAAGGAUACAUGGCAACAUCUCUCAUGGAUUCUUUUGACUGGUUUAAUUCAUACAACUUUUUGUUUGGAUUGCACCAUGUUGACUUCAAAAACCCAAACCGGCCGAGGACAGCCAAGUUCUCAGCUCUCUAUUAUUGUCAGGUCAUAAAGGACAAUGGUUUCCCAGUAACAGAAGAUGAGACACCACUUUAUGGAGAUUUUCCGAACGAUUUUGCCUGGAGCACUGCCAGUGCCGCUUUCCAGGUUGAAGGGGGUUGGAGAGCCGAUGGAAAAGGAAUGAGUAUCUGGGAUAAGUUUUCCCACACUCCUGGGAGAGUGGCCAAUGGCGAUAAUGGCGAUGUUGCUUGCAAUAGUUACAACAAGCUUGAUGAAGAUAUUGAGGCCCUGAAGAAGUUGAAAGUGACCCACUAUCGCUUCUCUGUAUCCUGGCCCAGAGUGCUUCCUGACGGCACUACUAACAACAUUAAUGAAGCUGGACUCAACUACUACCACAGAUUACUGGAUGCUUUGAAAGCUGCAAAUAUUCAGCCCCAGCUGACACUGUACCACUGGGAUCUUCCAUUAGCGCUUCAAAGAAUUGGAGGCUGGGAGAAUGACAUCAUUGUCCAAAGAUUCAGAGAAUAUGCAGAUGUUUUAUUCAGCAGACUUGGAAGUAAAGUAAAGAUCUGGAUCACCCUCAACGAACCCUGGAUUGUAGCCCUCCUUGGAUAUGGAUAUGGUAACUUUGCUCCAGGCGUUCAGGGUAAGCACUACAACGUAGCUCACAACCUAAUCAAAGCCCAUGCUGAGGCCUGGCAUCUCUACAAUGACAAGUAUCGAGCAACGCAAAAUGGCAUCAUCUCCAUUACUCUCAAUUCUGAUUGGGCUCAACCAAGGAACCCAUAUAAGCAGCAGGAUGUGGAUGCAGCCAAGCGCUACUUGGAGUUCUUCCUUGGCUGGUUUGCCCAUCCCAUCUUCAAAGGCGAUUAUCCUGAAAUAAUGAGAACAACCAUUCGUGAAAGAAGCCUUGCUGCAGGCCUCCCUCAAUCACGCUUCGGAGCCAAGUUGUAA